CGGCCGACCAGCAGCGCCAUCGCACCGCACCGCCGCACCACCCCUGCCAUCCCACGCAGCUGACGUACGCGGCGUCCGUGCACCUCGCCGCGCGUCGACAUCGCGAGAGACAGCCGUCUGCCGCCUUCAACCCUCCGCCGCAUACUCGGGUCCAGUGGCCCUCGCCCCGCCACACUGCACCUGCCUCUGACCGCGAGGACGCAUUAUCGGCCCGUGCGCUGCCCCUUGCUGCCGCGACCUGCGCGAUCGAUACUGCCGCAGGUUCGCCGCGUUUUUUCCAGCGACUUCCGCCGCUUGUAGUGAUGAGCUCAGUGACGAGGAUGAGACGACGGCGCACGUGACGCCUUGGCUUGACGUCGUGCCUCUCUCGCCGCGCGUGCAUCGCAAAAUGCCCCUCGUUCUCUCUCUCGCCUCCCCCCUGCGAUUUCUCCCAAAUGCCCUCUCCUUUCGCGCCGAUCACGCCUUGCCGCCAAUGGCUACUUGCCACGUCGAACAGCCGAACCAACUCCAGAGCUGGCGGCGCCGAAAGUUGGCGGGAUACCGUGGCGUGGGGAAGUGGCGGGUCGGAUAAUGACGUCAGCCGCUUGGGGGAGUGAGCGGUGGUGCGUUGGAGAGCGAGAAGCGCAUCGGAGGACAGGGGGAAGGAUAGCGGCGAGCGCGGGGGUGGAGGAAAGGGGAUAUGGGGAGGAGGCGGAAACAGAGGGAGGCGGAUGGGAGGGGGAUGUGGAGGGCAAGUGUGGCAGCAGUAAUGGUGACGCUGGGGGCAUUUGCGCGGCGCGGUUCAAAUACAUGAUGGUGCUGGCGUACGACGGCACGGACUUCUACGUCCAGGCUGGCAGCGGCAGGCGCAUCGCCCCACGACAGGCAGGGAAAGGUGGAGCGCGGAUGUGCAGGCGGUCAGAUGGGACGCGAGGGCGCGACAAGGGACGAGGUGACGAGGGACGAGGUGACGAGGGAGAAGCUAGUGAUUGUGACGCACUGCCUCUGUCUGGAUGGAUGGUUUUGGAUCUGCAGGGAAGUGUGCGCUUUUAACUCUCUUCCUCUGCGCACUCCUUCCCGUCCCU